GGAUGACCGUUGCCUUCCUUUUUGUUUUUUUUCCUCUCUCCUUUCUUUUUCGGUUCCGAGCGAGAUAGAGAGACAGCGGCGAGAUGGGCGGCGGCGGUGGGGAGUCGUCGGCGGCGGCGUCUCCGAACGGGAAGAGGGGGAGAGAUCCGGAGGAUGAGGUCUACCUCGACAACUUCCAUGCCCACAAGCGUUAUCUCAGUGAGAUAAUGGCUUCCAGUCUGAAUGGAUUAUCAGUGGGGGAUUCCUUCCCCGAGAAUCUUAUGGAAUCCCCAGCAAGAUCUGAAAAUAUCUGUUGCCCCAGGGAUGAGAUUGCCGCACAGUACUCUCCAAUGUCAGAAGAUUCAGAUGAUCCUCGGUACUUUGAGACCCUAUUAAACACCAUCACAACCCAAUCUGAUGUCAUGAAUAGCUCUACCAGUCCAGUUUCUCCUCACAGGCAUCAGAAACCAACAAUGUUCUCUUCUUCCAAUCCCUACCCUCUUCCUAGUUGCACCCUUGCCUCUGUUGUCUGCUCCCAUCCACGCCACCGGGGAUCAGACUCAGAAGGUCGGUUUCCAUCUUCACCAAAUGAUGUGUGUCACACAGCAGACCUCAGACGGGCUGCGCUGUUGAGAUCAGUGCAGAUGAGAGCACAGCCACAUUGCCCACCUGCAUGUGCAUUACCAUUUAGUAGUGGGCAAGAGAAUAUCCAGAGUGUAGAAGAGGAAGAAGACCGGUCCUUCUCAUGUAUUAAGACUAUGGAUGAUGAAACCAGUUAUCAAAUCUCAGAACCUGAAGCAGACUUCAUUGAGGAUUGUUCAUCAGUGGAGGCUCUCUUAGAGACCGAACUUGGACAAGAGUAAGCAUCAUAUGGUAUUAUGCAUGGAUUUUUAUUUUUUGUGUGGUAUGGAAAACUUAUUGGGGAAAAAAAAAGAAAAAAAGGUAUAUUGGAAAAGAAGCCACUGAAGGAGAAUUUUUAAAGAGUAUGUGGAAGACUUUAUCAGAAAAGAAAAGAAAAGUAUAUGGAAGAGAAGCCUGAAGGAGAAUGGUGUUGUAGAAUAGGAUCAACCGUUCAGCUUGUUCCCUGAGAUGAUGCAGAGAUUGCUCCUUGUACAUUUGGAGGUGCAUUGAACCUUCUUUUUUUUUUCUUUUUUUUUAAUUAUUCUAUUGCACACUUGUUAAGUCUGGAACGAAAGGAUUUGGAGGGUUUUUGAACUUCGCUGGACAUGUGAAAAAAUUAUAUCCAUAUUUGUUUUAAA